AAAAAAUCAAUAUAUCCCCAGACGUCUGAGAGACGUAGAAUUCGGGUAUUCACCGUUGUAUAUUUUGUGAUAUUUGUACUUUACCUUUAUAUCCUAAAUAUACCCUACUUAUAUAGAGAGUCUUGAAUAACCGCCGAAUACGUACAACAUUCGCGACAUAGCGUUCGAUGGAGGAUCAUCUAUUUCCAAGUGUUCGUCGACGUCAUUCGGAAAAGGAUCUGUAUUGUCUAUAACUUUUAAAGAUUCUGCGGACAUAAUGGCUACAGGAGAAGAAGAGAUUACAGAUUUACUUUGGGAAGAAAUGAAGACUCUUGCUGUAGAACAGCAACAAUGCUUGUAUGAGCUUCUUCCUGAUUGUACAAUAUAUAAAUGUGAUGAACAUAAAUAUCUAAAACAGAAUAUUGGAUAUGCAAUUUAUGGGCCACCGAAAGAGACUGAGAAUGCAGAUACAACACAAAAUAGCGAUUGUUUUUACAAAACAGAAAAUCCAAAUGAUAUAGAUACAACCGAUACGGAUGCAACUGAUACAGUUGAUUAUAAUGAAGAUGCUAAAAAUCUUAUAGAUAAAAUAUAUAAUAAGAUAUGUAGUUGUACAGUAGAAAUUGAUAAUUCUGAACCAAUUUAUUUUGGUAUAAUUUAUAAUAUGAUAUUCCGUCUUAAAACAAAUACAUCUACGAAAACAGAAACAUCUAAGAAAAAAGAAAUAAAGAAGGAAGUAAAGAAAAAAACAGAAGAAGAUGUAAAAGAGGAAGUAAAGAAAGAUGAAUUGCUUAUCGUUUCUCCCAUCCCUAUUUUUGUAAUCAGAAAAAGUAUUCAGAAAAAAUCCGACACAAAAAAUCCGAAGAGCGUUAAGCAAGAAAAUACAUCGACUACUGAAAUACAAUAUGAGACAUGGUAUAUUGAUCUCGGUGGCAGAGUAUAUAAAAGUUGGACAGACUAUAUAGAAAAUAAUAAUUUACCAAAGUGCACUAUGGUUCUCCCAAAAGAUGGUUUUUAUCAAGCAAAUCCAGACUAUCCAGUUACAGAAGAUUAUUCGACAGUUUGGCUGGAUAUUAUAGAUUCUCCUGCAUGUUCAUUGGCAACAAAAAUCUGCAAUGGAAUAGACAUUGCUUCCAGUAUUGUAGGACUUGGAACAGCUGGCUUAAGUGUUGCAGCAUUGUUUACACCUCUUGCACCAGUUGUUGCUGUGACAGGUCUUGCUGCUGCUGGGGUAAGUGGUCUUUGGGCAGCCGCCCGAAGUACUCAACAAUUAGUAAAACGCAGUCAACAUGAAGAAUCAAUUCAUCUUUUGGAUAAAGAAGCAUUCGGACAUUAUCUCGGCAUAGCCGGCACUGCGUUUGGAUUAGGAGCAAUUGGGGGAUCAGUAAUUAUUUCUCACGCCGUUGCACGCGGUAUAACAAUAAACUCCAUCGCAAGAAUAACAUUCAAUACUGUGCAAGGUGGCAAUUUGCUUUUGAAUGGCAUUGGCAUUAUAUAUCAAAGUUAUUGUAUGUAUGACAAGUAUCAGACAGAGAAAACUGUCAGUAUUGGGGAUGCGUUAAAUUUGGCGACGCAUAUCAUGUUUUUCUGCGGCUCUGUAGUGAAAAUCCAAUUCGCUAGUGAUAUCAUCGAAAGUACCCAAGGUAAAAUCAUGACUGAUUACAAGGAGAAUCUUGGCAGCAAGCGUCUCCGUAAAAAGUAUAAUCGAAUCGUGCGACGGGCUGCUGAAAAUAAUGAAUGUAAGAUAUCUGAAAAUGCGGAAGUGAUACGCUACAUAAGAAAUCGUCAAGAAUUAGUGCCUAGUCAGUCUGUAACUAAUACCAGCAGUAAGCAGAUACUAAAUGAUACAUCACGUAAUAUUGUAUGGUCAUUCGAACAUGGUAAAUUAGAAGUUAAUGGUAUCGUAUUGUUAGAUCCUGUUGAAUUUGUUCUCCGUCUUGUGAAACUGGGCAUAUUUAUCGAAAUCGAUCAAAAUAGUUCAUCUGGCUCACAAAAUUAUGCUAAUGAUUCUAAUAUUGAUCAAUUAGAAAGAAUACUUUGUGAGUUGUUAUCAAAAUUUUAUUUAAGUAAUGACUGUCCAACGAAAUUACCAACAGUGUCUGAUUUUGAACCACUGCUAAGGGAAAUGAGUUCUAUGAAUUUUAAUGAAGAUUGUUUAAAGAAGUUGUUCAAAAUCGUUGAAAGAUUAAUGAAACGUUCCAGAAAUAUGAAAGAUUUCUUACUCAAGACAUUUGCCUUUGUUUGGCAAUAUUGUAAAGCGAACUUAAAACAAUGGGGCUUGAGCAUGUGUUAUUGUACACAAAGUGUUUCCAGCAACAAGGUUUUGCAAAAGAUUAUCACUGCAGUUUUUGAAGCAAUUGAUAUGAUGGUUAAUAACUUAUUUAGUGCUUUCGCAAUAUAUAUAGAUGUUUAAAUUGAAAAUAUGAAAAAAAUUAGAAAAAUGCACAAUAAUUUACAUAUAAAUCAAGAUUUUUUUGUAGAAAUGUGCCUUAUAUAUAAACAGUUAAUAAAGUUUAAGUUUUAGAGUACAAUAUUAAAGAAUCUUCAUCAGCACAUAAAUCCAUGCCGAUAUGUUAUUGUUUGAACAGAUGAAAAAAAAA